UGUACCUAAGAAACCAUGGAGUUUUGGGAGGUCAUCAGUGACGAGCACGGGAUCGACCCCACUGGCAGUUACCAUGGAGACAGCGACUUGCAGCUGGAGAGAAUCAACGUGUACUACAAUGAAGCUGCAGGUAACAAAUACGUGCCUCGGGCCAUCCUGGUGGAUCUGGAGCCGGGCACCAUGGACUCGGUCCGGUCCGGGCCCUUUGGCCAGAUCUUCAGGCCCGACAACUUCGUGUUCGGUACGUAGUCACGGUCAGGGCAACGGGCUCCAGGAGUCUCCUUCCUCAAUGCC